GGAAGAUGCAGUCAGAGAGCUCCUCACAGGCUCCCAGUGUCCUGCUGGUGGAGGCGUUCUACGGCGGCUCUCACCAACAGCUGAUCGACUUGCUGCAACAAAACAUUGGCGGCUGCUCCGUCUUCACGCUACCCGCUAAGAAAUGGCACUGGAGGGCGAGAACAGCGGCGCUGUACUUCAGCCAGACCAUCCCCACCUGUCCGUCAUACAGAGUUCUGUUCAGCAGCUCAGUCCUGAACCUGUGUGAGCUGGUAGCUCUCAGACCAGAUUUGUCCCGUCUGAAGAAGGUUCUGUACUUCCACGAGAACCAGCUGGUUUAUCCAGUCCGCAAAGACCAGGAGAGAGACUUCCAGUAUGGAUACAACCAGAUCCUCUCAUGCCUGGUGUCGGACGUGGUGGUGUUUAACUCCGUCUUCAACAUGGACUCCUUCCUGUCCUCCAUCUCUUCCUUCAUGAAGAAGAUCCCAGACCACAGACCCAAAGACCUGGACCUGCUCAUCCGGCCCAAGUGUGUGGUUCUGCACUACCCGGUCCAGUUCCCUGAUGUCUGCAGGCUGCUGCCCAAACACAAACUCCUCCGUAGGCCAGCAGAGCCAUCUCAUGGUGAUGACAUCAUCAUACCGCAGAAUGACCAGCAGCAGACUCAAAGGAGUGAAGAUCAGCAGCAGGAGGAUCCACAUGAGUCCAGAUCUGAUCCCAGAACAGAUCAGAGACCAGGUAGUGAAGACCAGGUGAAACCUCUGCACAUUGUCUGGCCUCACAGGUGGGAGCAUGAUAAGGACCCUGACCUGUUCUUCUCCACUCUGAUCAAACUGAAGGAGAGACAAGUCGACUUUCACCUGUCGGUGCUCGGAGAGACUUUCACUGAUGUGCCAGAGAUCUUCUCGGAGGCCAGGCGUCUGCUAGACGGUCACAUACUGAACUGGGGUUUCCUGUCCUCCAAAGAGGAUUACCUGCGAGUGCUGAGUGAGGCCGACGUGGUCGUCUCCACAGCCAAACACGAGUUCUUUGGAGUCGCCAUGUUAGAGGCGGUUCAUUGUGGCUGUUAUCCUCUGUGUCCGAAGGCUCUUGUGUAUCCCGAAAUAUUUCCAGCAGAGUACCUGUACUCCACACCUGAGCAGCUCUGUAAACGGCUGCAGGGACUUUGCAGGAGGCCCGACAUCGUCCGCAGACACGUAGUCAAGGUUGACACCUCCGUCUUCUCCUGGACAUCUCUGAAGGAGCGUUAUGAGACUCUACUGGCAGCUGAGUGUCCCUGAAUGCACCGUGGCAGCUCGGACCAGGGUAAUCUGCCCUCAUUAGCUCUGAUGUCCCCGAACGCACUACGGCAGCUCAGACCCGGGCACUCUGCCUUCAUUAGCUCUGGAGUCCCUGAACACACCGCGGACCUGGGCACUGUGCCUUCAUUAGCUCUGGAGUCCCUGAACACACCGCGGACCCGGGCACUG